UAAGGGAGAUCUUUAUUUCUAGAUGGUUCUUGAAAUUUGGUGUUAGUACAAGGAAAAUUUCAAAAAAAGAAUCAGUAAUCACUGUGAGGCAGAAAACCCAAAGCAGCUAUUUUAAAAGUGGGCCUCCUCCUCUACUCCGAGGUGAGCAAAGGUGGUCUGAAAUGUUAUGACCGGCAGUUUUUACCCAGAAGCCUCUAUAUUCUGGGAGGUGUGAUGUGACUGGAUAUUCAAUGAGACCCCCUAGCUGAGGAGGUGGCCUAGAUUAGACCCCAGGUUUUUUGAGGACAGGACGCCUUGUAUGUGGCAUUUAAUGCCCAGACCCUUCUUACUUCAUAUGGGAUAUCGAUGCUAGCUUGAACUCUCCUUCAGGUGGUUUGUCUCUUUUAUGGGGAGCUGAUAGCCUUAGAUUCUCUUUCAGAACACAUGCUAGAAUGUAUUCCUUGAAAGGAAGCCCAUCACCAUUUCAGGAAUCUUCUGUACAAGACAUUCUUGUCUCUCAGCACGCUUUCUCAAGACGUGGGCACAGAUCUGGGUUAAUACAGAUGCUACAGUUCUCAAGCCCAGCUGAGAAGGGAUAGAAAAAUGCACACUGUUCCGCAAGGGUGCCUAGAAUUGGGAGUAUAGGAAAGGGUGGGGCUUUUGCUUGAAGCUGGUGCUCUGGGAGCAGGCCAUGGCUUUUGUCCAUUCUAAUGGAAUUCCUGAAGGUCCCCGAUGACUGGCUCCAUCCUCCUUGACCUCUGGAUAACAACAGCAUGUGCCAUCAUCUCGAAACUUGUUCCUUGCUACCUUGGCUCCAGUGAUAGUACACUCUCCUGCCUCCAUUCUUCUGGAAUCUUCCCAGGAAAUGUCCCUCUCAUCUGUUUUUUUCUUUCCAUUUCCCCUGCCAGCACGGUAGUUUGGGUUUCUAUCACUUCAUUCCUUCUAUCACAUUCAUUGCCAGACACAAGGCAUGGCUUCUAGCCGGUGUCCCAAUCUCCACUUAAAAAGUCUUUCAAGGUCACCCAUCUGCCUCACCGUUAUUUAGCCGGCCUUACUUCCCAUUCCUCCGAGCCACUUCUCAAUAGAUUCUAACUCUGGGUCCUUUGUGCCUUCUCAAUUCUCCCUGAAGCCAUCUCUGAUCAUCCAGGCCAAAAGGAGCCCUACUUCCCUUCUUUCUUCCCACAAUGCACCCUAACUUGGCAGUCUGGGUGGCACCGGUGAGUUUCCCACUUCUUGGGCCAGGCAGGUAGCUGGGCUCCGGGGUCAUCCCCUGGUCGGGGACCAGGAGCGUGGGGGGUAGAUGGUCCUGCAGGCCGGGCCAAGGGCGGGGCCAGUGACUUUCCCGCGGCUCCCGGUAGGUCGACCUUCCCGUGCCGCUCUCUGCUUCGCUCCCGCCCCCGCGCGGCUUCUCGCGGUCCAGGGCCAGUACUGGCAUCGGGCAGGUGGCAGAUGACUAAGCCCUGGACAGCGCUGAAGGGGGCGGGGGAGAGGGAGAGGUCGACUAAAGCUCGCUUUCCUAAGCCAUGUAGACCCCCGGCCCGUCACGAACGGCCCGCCCUCUCUUCUUCCCCACUACCCUCCCUAGCCGCUAACUUGCGCCGCGGCGUGUCCGGCCAGCUCCAGAAGCCAGAGAAGGGUUGGGCGCGGGCUCCGGAUGGGGGCUGCCCGAGCGGCACGCAUGCGCCCCGGCCCCAGCUCCUGUUUGUCGCAAUGCCCACCCCCACCCCACCCCCUCCCCGUCCGCGGAAGACUACAUACAGUGCGUACUUCCCCCUUCAUUGUAAUUACUUGGUGGCCUCGCGCCACCUCCUCCGCCUAGGGACUCGAUUAUAGCGGGAAGUAGUUCCGGCUGGUGUUGUCUUGGGCAGGGAGCCGCCGCCACCGCCGCCAUUUCAAGAGCCUAGAGCUGGGGAGGGAAGUCGACCUCGCGCCGCCCUGCAGAGCUUUGUCAGCGUCGCUUCUGCUGCUGUCGAAACCGUUCCGGCCAAUUCAGCCAGCCGGCACUACUGCUCGCCUCUGGUCCGGUCCGUCCGUGUCGCCAGCUUCGGAGGCGACCCCGGCGGCGGCGGGACGCGGCGGCGCGGGGCUCCCCCUGGCCCGCCCUCCCUUAGGAGGCUCCCGAUGGCGUCUUCGGUGGGCAACGUGGCCGACAGCACAGGCUUAGCUGAGUUGGCUCAUCGUGAAUAUCAGGCAGGAGAUUUCGAGGCAGCUGAGAGACACUGCAUGCAGCUAUGGCGACAAGAGCCAGAUAACACUGGUGUGCUUUUAUUACUUUCAUCUAUACACUUCCAGUGUCGCAGACUGGACAGGUCUGCUCACUUUAGCACUUUGGCUAUUAAGCAGAACCCACUUCUGGCAGAAGCCUAUUCCAAUCUGGGGAAUGUCUACAAGGAGCGUGGACAGUUGCAGGAAGCUAUUGAGCAUUACCGUCACGCACUGCGCCUCAAACCGGAUUUCAUCGAUGGCUAUAUUAACCUGGCAGCCGCUUUGGUUGCUGCAGGAGACAUGGAAGGGGCAGUGCAAGCUUAUGUGUCUGCCCUUCAGUACAAUCCUGAUUUGUACUGUGUUCGCAGUGACCUGGGGAACCUGCUCAAAGCCCUGGGUCGCUUGGAAGAAGCCAAGGCAUGUUACUUGAAAGCAAUUGAGACGCAACCAAACUUUGCAGUAGCUUGGAGUAAUCUUGGCUGUGUUUUUAAUGCCCAAGGGGAGAUUUGGCUUGCGAUUCAUCAUUUUGAAAAGGCUGUGACACUUGACCCCAAUUUUCUCGAUGCAUACAUCAACCUGGGAAAUGUUCUAAAGGAGGCUCGUAUAUUUGACAGAGCUGUAGCAGCCUACCUUCGAGCCCUGAGCCUGAGCCCUAAUCAUGCAGUGGUACAUGGCAACUUGGCAUGUGUAUACUAUGAACAAGGCCUCAUAGACCUUGCCAUAGACACCUACAGGCGUGCUAUUGAGCUACAACCGCACUUCCCCGACGCUUACUGCAACCUAGCCAACGCUUUGAAAGAGAAGGGCAGUGUUGCCGAGGCAGAGGAUUGUUAUAAUACAGCUCUCCGUCUUUGUCCCACCCAUGCAGACUCUCUAAAUAACUUGGCCAACAUUAAACGAGAACAGGGGAACAUCGAAGAAGCAGUUCGCCUAUAUCGAAAAGCACUCGAAGUUUUUCCAGAGUUUGCUGCUGCCCAUUCAAAUUUAGCAAGUGUAUUACAACAGCAGGGAAAACUGCAGGAGGCCCUGAUGCAUUAUAAGGAGGCAAUUAGGAUCAGCCCUACCUUUGCUGAUGCUUAUUCCAACAUGGGCAAUACUUUGAAGGAGAUGCAAGAUGUUCAGGGGGCUUUACAGUGUUACACCCGGGCCAUCCAGAUCAACCCAGCCUUUGCUGACGCACACAGCAAUCUGGCUUCCAUUCAUAAGGAUUCAGGUAACAUUCCAGAAGCGAUUGCUUCUUAUCGAACCGCUCUGAAACUAAAACCAGACUUUCCUGAUGCUUACUGUAAUUUGGCCCAUUGCCUGCAGAUUGUCUGCGACUGGACAGACUAUGAUGAACGGAUGAAGAAAUUAGUUAGCAUUGUGGCUGACCAGCUGGAGAAGAAUAGGUUACCUUCUGUGCACCCUCACCACAGCAUGCUGUAUCCUCUCUCUCAUGGCUUUAGGAAGGCUAUUGCUGAGAGGCAUGGAAACCUCUGCUUGGACAAGAUUAACGUCCUUCACAAGCCACCAUAUGAACAUCCAAAAGACCUGAAAGUCAGUGAAGGGCGGCUUCGAGUAGGGUAUGUGAGCUCAGACUUUGGAAACCAUCCGACCUCCCAUCUCAUGCAGUCUAUUCCAGGCAUGCACAACUCGGAUAAAUUUGAGGUAUUCUGUUAUGCCCUUAGCCCAGAUGAUGGCACAAACUUUCGGGUGAAGGUGAUGGCAGAAGCAAAUCAUUUCAUCGACCUUUCUCAGAUUCCCUGUAAUGGAAAAGCAGCAGAUAGAAUUCAUCAAGAUGGGAUACACAUUCUUGUGAAUAUGAAUGGCUAUACCAAGGGUGCACGCAAUGAACUCUUUGCUCUGAGGCCAGCUCCUAUUCAGGCAAUGUGGCUGGGCUACCCUGGGACUAGUGGUGCACUUUUCAUGGAUUAUAUUAUCACGGAUCAAGAGACGUCUCCAGCUGAGGUUGCUGAGCAGUACUCGGAGAAGUUGGCUUAUAUGCCCAACACUUUCUUUAUCGGUGAUCAUGCCAACAUGUUUCCUCACCUGAAGAAAAAAGCAGUCAUUGAUUUCAAAUCCAAUGGACACAUUUAUGACAACCGGAUUGUUCUGAAUGGCAUUGAUCUCAAGGCAUUUCUGGAUAGUCUGCCGGAUGUCAAAAUUGUGAAGAUGAAAUGCCCUGAUGGAGGAGACAAUGCAGACAGCAACUCGGCACUCAGCAUGCCAGUAAUUCCCAUGAAUACUAUUGCAGAAGCGGUGAUUGAAAUGAUCAACAGAGGACAAAUUCAAAUAACCAUCAAUGGAUUCAAUAUUAGCAAUGGAUUAGCAACCACUCAGAUAAACAACAAGGCUGCCACCGGCGAGGAGGUUCCCCGGACCAUCAUCGUCACCACUCGCUCCCAGUACGGCUUGCCAGAAGAUGCUAUCGUGUACUGUAACUUUAACCAGUUGUAUAAAAUUGAUCCCUCCACGCUACAGAUGUGGGCCAACAUUCUGAAGCGAGUUCCCAAUAGUGUGCUCUGGUUGUUGCGAUUCCCAGCUGUGGGAGAACCCAAUAUUCAGCAGUAUGCACAGAACAUGGGCCUCCCCCAGAACCGGAUCAUCUUUUCUCCUGUCGCUCCCAAGGAGGAGCAUGUGAGGCGAGGCCAGCUAGCUGAUGUCUGCCUAGAUACCCCACUCUGUAAUGGGCACACCACUGGGAUGGAUGUGCUGUGGGCAGGGACACCCAUGGUGACCAUGCCAGGAGAGACUCUGGCUUCUCGGGUUGCUGCCUCCCAGCUCACCUGCCUUGGUUGCCUUGAGCUCAUUGCAAAAAAUCGGCAAGAGUAUGAAGAUAUUGCUGUGAAACUGGGGACUGAUCUCGAAUACCUGAAGAAGGUCCGUGGCAAAGUCUGGAAACAGAGAAUAUCCAGCCCCCUUUUCAACACAAAACAGUACACGAUGGAACUUGAGCGCCUUUACCUUCAAAUGUGGGAUCACUAUGCAGCUGGAAACAAACCAGACCACAUGAUUAAGCCGGUUGAGGCCACAGAGUCAGCUUGAGAUUCUUUACACAUAGGAGCAUCAGCCCAGGACGUGAGCCUUGAGCCUCUGUUGGAAAGGGAAAGGGACCUAGAGACCUCUCCAUUUCUGCAUAUCUGCUCAUCCACACACACAACGGUAAUAAAAGAGCACAGCAAGACGUACUUCCUGCACAAUAAAUAGGGAGAGACACUAGAGGUGGGAAACUGCUGUUCCCCAAGGAAGCUGCAGAGCGCUCAGCAGUGCUCACAGGCGUUGUGUAGGUAUGGAACAUGGCAUUGGAUGGGAUAUGCUUGGUAGGGGACAGAGCUUGCCCAGCCACUUGCAAUUCUAUGGAUCGAUUUGAGUCUUCUAUGAAUUUUUUUUUUCCUUAUACAUUGGGGAUUGGAGCUUUUUAAAAAAUGUUUAAUUUCAGGUAUGCUGAUUGGCGUGUGUGGUUCCCUUCCCAGUUACGAUUGCCAGCUAAAAUGUUGUUCCUUACUUCCUCGCUGAUGGUUUCCGAUUUUGAGCCACAGAUUGAGAGAGGGGGCAUUUCUACUGGCAUAGGCUUUUUAUAGGUUUUAUAAACCGCCUGAGUCUAUGUCAGCCUUGUAGUGUCUGACCUGUUGAUUGGAGUUGUUUGUGCUGUUGGGUUUGAUGAUUUUUUUGUUUUGUCCUGCUCCCUUCCCUCCAGUCUUCCUCCACUCCUUGGGUUUUAUUUAAAAAAAAGAAAAAAAGAAAAAAAAGUAAAGAAAAAAAGGCUCUUCCAGCUCAGCCACAUGGGCUUCUUUGGCAGGAAAAUCAUACUUAGGAUAUUAUGUGAAUAUUCCCAGAGUGUUUCUUUUAAACACAUUGGUGCCAAAUGCAGAUUUUUCCAGAAAUGAUUAGUAAUUAUGUAACGGCACAGUCAACAGUACUGUUGCAGAGAAUAAAUCUUUUGUUUUUCAAGUUUGGAUCCACCUUCCAGCGUUUACUGUUGUCAGAAAGGGAUGACGCUUUUUACGCUUAGGAUUUUUCUUGUUCUUCCUAUUUCUUUUUAGCAGAAAUGAAAGCCCAGGUAAGUAUUCAGUCAUUUCAUUCAAUAAGUCAUGAUUGCCUCCAAUACAUGCAGUCGCUUUCAUUGGGAAAUAAUGUCACUUGAGAAGCCCUUCGGGGUUUGCUUCCAAAUAGUCUUCCUGCCCUGACCCUGCCUUCAAGUACGUGAUGUCCAGAUUUGGCCUCAAUAGUGGCUUGACUGCAUUGCUACUUGAAUUAGGAAUUGGACCUCAGCCCUGCUGGUGCUGGAGAGUCUUCUGUGGAAUCACAGGAAUUGAGGAGUAUUCCCCAAAUUUCAGCAAAGGGCUUUAAGUUGAAAACAAGCCAACAUGAGCGUGUGUCUCUCUUGUCUAGCUGUCCUUGGUAAGGUCUGCUAGCGGCGCUGCUUUUCCAUGGCUGUUUGUGGCCGAGGCCUGGUUUGUAGCAGCUGGAGAAGCUUCAGGGUUCUCUGACAGAGCCUUCCCACUGAGCAGGAACUCUCAGAUAGAAUUUGUAGGCCUGCGCUGCUCUUUUCAGCAGUUUGGGAACUCCUUAAUUUAUUUUUCACCUCUUCCAACCAGUCAAGGACGACAGAGCGCUUCCAGUUGAAUGAUGUUUUCAGUUCACAGAUCCCGAAAAUGGAUUCAAAUCCAAACUGUACCUUUCUGACGCCUUCUCACAUAGCACAUCACUCCUACAUGGGAGGAAUCUUCUGGGUGUGGAAAGUAUCUGCUGUGGUUGAAGCUUUGCUUAAUGUAACAAACAGGUUUUUGUUUCCAGGUAAUGUGUCUGAUGAAGACUUAAUUCUGAAUAGAACUAUAGGUAUUACUGGAAAAUAAUUGUCUUUUUGAUUGUAUUCUGCUUUAUCAAACCAGUAAAAUAUUUCAAUUGUGCUACAGAAAUACAAAUAUUGUCUUGCCGUCUCUAAAUAAUAAACACAAACAUUUGCCUCUGAAGUUAAAA